AUGAAAUGGGAUAAAGGUGCAAAAGAAGGAAUUGUCGUCGCUGGUGGUCAAGGCGAAGGAAAUGCUCUGACACAAUUGUCUUAUCCUACCGGAUUAUUCCUCGAUACAUUGGAUACCAUCUAUGUGGCGGAUUCGUCGAAUGAUCGAGUGAUGCGUUGGCCUAAAGGAGCGAAACAGGGCACUGUCAUUGUGGGUGGAAAUGGUCGAGGAGAAGGAGCUAAUCAAAUCGCCUUUCCCACGGGUUUGUCCUUCGAUCGACAUGGCAAUCUCUAUGUCGUCGAUCGAGAUAAUGAUCGAGUGCAACGAUUUGCUAUCGAAUAG